UCUAUUUUAGACAAUACUUCGGGUAGAAUCGUUUGGGAAAUAUCUUUUCGUAUCCCACGCAACACGAAGAAGCGGUUACAAGCCGUCACUGAUACAUUAUUCCUUUGGCUGAGCCACUAAAUGGAAAGAUUUUACUCAAGUUUUUCAGUCUCUUGUAACUAAAUAUUCUGUCAAAGGUGAGGUCAUCUUUCAUUUGCAUAUCUCACGUACGAUGCAUAAUUAUAAGAGGUUGGACGUUGUUUGUAAGAGCACAAACUGGAUCUUGCCUGAACUGCUCUCCAGGUAGUAGAAGAUUCGAGAGUUUUCCGCUGUUGCCCAAAAGCGUUCAAUAGCACCAUGUCUGGUUCACAAGGGAAUUUAGAGAUGGAAAGAUCAAGAUCAAAGAAAUCGUGGGAGUUUGACGAUAUUUUAGACAUGGUUGGCGGAUUUGGUCGUUACAGCUUUGCUCUGUAUGCUUUCAUGUGUAUCAUGUCCUUACCAAUCGGCCUACAACAACUUGUACAAGUCUUCUACGCAGCAACUCCAAAAUAUUCCUGCGUUUCGUAUUCGUCGCCGAGCAAUGAAACAUGUUCGGGAUGCUGCAACAACUGCGAAAAAUACGAGUUUAAGACAGGACUAACGAGUGCUGUGACAGAGUGGAACCUAAUAUGUGACAGGCGCCAUCUGAAGGCCAUGACACAGUCAGUUUACAUGGCAGGUCUAUUGUUGGGUUCUGUUGCCUUUAGCACCCUGUCCGACCACUUUGGCCGUAAAAUCAGCGUCUUCCUCAGUAUUUUAUUCAUGGCUGCUUGUGGAACAGUUUCUGCUGUCUCAGACUGCCUCUCGUUAUUCUCCUUGUUUCGGUUUGGAGCUGGAGCAGCCACAGCAGGCUGUCUUCUUGUUCGGUUUGUCUACUGUAUGGAGAUCAUUCACAUAAACAAUCGUACUGCAGCAGGAAUGGUGAAUAACAUUUUCGUUAGCAUUGGUUUUUCCACGCUUUCUUUGCUUGGUUACUUCAUUCGUGACUGGAGACAUCUAAUGCUGGUUGUCUCUCUGCCUGCAGCACCAUUACUGCUCUGUUACUGGCUUAUCCCAGAGUCUCCUCGUUGGUUAAUUGCCAAAGAUCGCCUAGACGAGGCUCACGAGUUGCUUAUGAAGUAUGCCAAGAAAAAUGGCGUCACUGUUGAAUCCACCCAGCUCAAACAUGUCAUACAGGAAUUCAAGAAAGAAGAAGACAGAAACUGGAAAGAAAGCAAAAAGACGUACGGGAUCCUGGACAUGGUUAGAACUCCAAAGCUCAGGAAAAGAACCCUAAUUUGUGGAUUUAAUUGGUUUGUGAACGCUUUAGUUUACUUUGGGAUCAACUUGAAUGUCGGAAAUCUGGCAGGAGACAUGUACCUGAACUUUUUUAUCCUCUGUAUCGUGGAAAUUCCAGGAGCAUUGGCUCUCUGGUUCUUCUUUGUGCGAUUUGGCCGGCGUAUUCCUUAUGCCUUGUUCAUGAUUAUUGGGGGCACCGCAGAGUUGUUGGUGCUAGCCGUUCCAUCUGAUGAUGAGUAUAAAGUCAUUAUUACAGUCUUAGCUGUUAUUGGUAAAUCUUGCAUCUUGGCGACUUUCCUGGGAAUUUAUAUUUACACUGUGGAACUCUAUCCUACGAUUAUCAGGAACACUGGCAUUGGAGUGUGUUCUAUGAUGGCUCGUUUUGGAAGCAUUAUAACACCUUACAUCGUGUUACUGGCGGAUCUCCCGAACAUGAACAAGACUCUUCCGCUGGUCAUAUUUGGUGUUUUUGGGCUUAUCGCAGGCGUGAUGGCUCUUUGGCUGCCAGAGACACGUUACAGUCCCAUGGCUCAGACAGUGGAACAGGUUGAGGCUUGGAAAGAGGACUACAAGAUACACUGCUGCACACGUCAUAGCUCGAGGAUGGAGAAUGGAAACAUUGGUUUGAUGGAAGAGAAAGAAGAAGACGAAGAAGAGACUCCGAUUACGAAAGACACACCGCCUUAUGGGGAGAAAUACGACACGGUUGUUUAGAUCAAUAUGUAGGCUACGUUGAAUUUUUUCCUAGCAUGGCGCAAAGCUGUAAGAGUACAUGAGGCAGUGUGUAUGAAUCCAGUGAGGGUUAACCUUUGGGGUUAGAUUCACUGCUGAGAAUCUGCUUAUACAUUUGCUGAUAACUGGGAGUUGACAAGAAAUUCAGUUGAUUAUCGAGCUUUAGUAUUUGGAAACUCCCAUUCAUAUCCUCUGAACCUAGCUCUUUGAUAUAUCAGGAUCCUAAGUCUUUGUUAAAGGAGAAUAAUGAUGUCUAAUUAAACUCCAAUUCUAUGUCAGUAUCUCAGCCACUGCGGUGUAUGAACUUCAAUGUAUGUGGUAGAAUUAAAAAAAAAAAACAUAUGCGCAUCAACUCCCGAAUUAAAUCUGACCUAUAUUCGUGCAAAACUUUCAUUUCUGUUUCACCAACCUUAGCAAAGUGCAUGCAGUGAGCUACAUAGAUAUGAUGAUAGAUAGACUUUAUAGAUCUAAGUCAGGUUGCGAUAAAUUUAGUAAGGUCUUUUCUAGAAAUAAACGGAUAAUCUUUAAAACG